AUGUCGUUGGAGGAUGAUUUUGAUAGGCUCCACGUCUCGAGCCAGAGUAGACAACAUACUGAUAUCCAACUUUUAGACAGACAUAGUCAUAACAUCAACACAGAUGAACUGUCGUUCACCAGGGCGAAGACAAGCAAGGAUAAGGCCAACAGAGCGACGGUUGAAAACGUCUUGGAUCCGAGGACCAUGAGAUUUUUGAAAUCUCUGAUGAAUAGGGGUGUAAUUUCAGAUUUUAAUGGCUGUUUAAGCACAGGGAAGGAAGCAAACGUGUACCACGCAUUCGCUGGAUAUGGCGAAGCUGGAAGCCCCGAUGACCAGGAGGCAGGACAUGAGAAGCGAGAGCUGGCUAUCAAGAUAUAUAAGACCUCGAUUCUUGUGUUCAAGGACCGCGAAAGAUAUGUCGAUGGAGAGUUCCGCUUCAGAAACUCUAGGUCGCAACAUAACCCAAGGAAGAUGAUCAAGAUCUGGGCUGAGAAGGAAUUUAGGAACCUCAGAAGAAUCCAUCAGAGUGGUGUCAUCCCGACGCCCGAGCCUGUUGAGGUGAAAAAUAAUGUUUUAGUAAUGGAGUUCCUAAGUCGAGGCGAUGGGUUUGCAUCACCUCGCUUGAAAGACUACGUUUUUGCGGACCGAUCAGAGAUAUAUCACUUCUAUUAUGUUAUGCUGGCUUAUAUCAGGUUACUCUAUCAAGUUUGCCGAUUAGUUCACGCGGAUCUGUCGGAAUACAACGCUAUUAUCCAUAUGGGGAAGCUCUACAUAAUCGAUGUGUCUCAGAGUGUCGAGCCAGAACAUCCCAUGAGUUUAGAUUUCCUGAGAAUGGACAUCAAGAACAUAAACUCGUAUUUCGAGAAAUUGGGCAUAAGCAUAUUCCCAGAACGUCUCAUUUUUCAGUUUGUGAUCUCCGAAAGACUGGACAAGUUCGACGGUAACUACCGCAGUUAUUAUGAUCUAAGUGACUACGUCUCUAAACACUUACCGAUCAAAUCUUCUGCGAAGGAUGCAGAUGAAGACGAAAUAUUUCGAAGCCUCCAUCUAGUCAGAAGUUUAGAAGGUCUGGAAGAACGCGAUUUCGAUAGGUUCACGGAUGGUAAAUUCGAUUUACUGAAAAGUUUGAUUGCGCAUGAUAACGAGCGCAAUUUCAGCGCAGUAAAGGAUGUCUCUGGUUCGAAUGAAGCCAGUGAGGCAUCUGAAAGCGAGACUGAUUCAGGCAAUGACGAGGACAGUGAAGCUGAAGAUGAAUUAGCGUCGAGUGGCAAUGAGUCCGAUGGCUCAGAUGAGGAUGAUGAUGAAGACAAUAAGUAUCUUAACAAGAAACCAAAAGGCAAGAAAUUUGAGGAUAAAGAGGAAAAGAAGAAGCGGAAACAGGAGGCCAAAGAGUCCAAGAAAGAGAAAAGACAAACCAAAGUUAAAAAGCAUGUCAAGAAGAAGCUAAUUAAAAAGACUAAAUCAAAAAAAUAA